UGCAUUAAUAUCCUUUAAAAUGACAUCUAUGAGUAUAAACAAAUGUAAUUUUCACUGUUGUAAAGAGUGGAAUAUUAGUCUAAUCUUGAGUUGGAAAAUUAUUUGAAACACUGUUAAUACAUGGACGUGAUCAGAUCAUCAGGUGUCUUCUGGCAUAAGGUCUCUUCACCUCAGCAAACACCUGUGUGGCAUGAUCUUGCAGUGACUGGAUUGAUCAUUUACUGGGCAUUGGGAAAGCAGCCGAGAAUCUUAGAGACACGAUUAGCCACCACGAGCAGCGUUUGCUCCUGCUUCAUACAAAAUGGACAAGGUAAAUUGAUUAAUUCAUUUUUCAUAAAUCCGUGACUUAACCGGAAACUUAAUUAUUAAGACUUUGACUAAAUGUAAUACGAUAGGCUGUGUACUAUCUUAUGAAUGUAAUUACGGCAUUUGACUUGGCUAAUUGUUCCCUAAAUUGAAAUGUGUUUUUAUUUUUUAUUUUUUUUAUUUAUUUUUUUUCAGUUUUCAAGUUUUGUGAAUUUACUCUUGUUGUAUGAAUGAGAUGGAGAAAGUAUGAGAUAUUUUUGAGUGUGGAGGUUGUACUGUAUAUGCUGAGAUUAUGAUGUUUCGGAGUUGAACAUUUAAUGCAACAUAAAAAUUAAUUGCCAUUCAGCUGUAAAUGGACAAAUUAAUAACUCCAGAUAAGGAACUGUUGUAGGCAACAGUUCAGUUGUUGCUCUUGGGAACACUUGAUACACAUAUUACAUAUGACAUGUUACAAACUACAUUAUUAUUAAUAAUGCAGUUAUAGUAUCAUUUUAUAUCAAAUUAUAUAGUAUUAUAAAUAUUUUAAAAUAAUGCAGUUUUCAUGUUCACCUUCACUGUUUUAUUAAUAUAUUUGUGACGAGGAGGAAGGCUAAUCAGCCGAGGAGAGGGAUAAGUGCAGCAGGAUGUGGCCGUUCGAGAGAAAGCCGCAUGCAGCUGCCAUGUGUGCGUUUGUGUUGUCUUUUUGUUUCAUUAAAUAUUAUUUUGACCGUUCAGCCGGUUCCCACCUCCUCCUUUCCCAUUUGAGCCAUGUUACAAUAUAUUAUAAUACAUCAUUAUAUUUUGUCUCUUUAUAUUAGUUGUCUUUGCUAUGUACUAACAUUAAAAUACAUACAAUAUAUUUACUUUUACUGCAUUUUAUUCUGCAAGAUUCACAUUUGCUGCUACUGCGGUUGAGGUAUGGUUUAUUUAGGGGUAGAUGUUAGAUUUAAGGUAAGGUUUGGGUUAGGUUUAUUGUUAGGGGUAUGGUUAACACUGUAACUGCAAAUGGAAGUAAAUGCAACAUUUAGUUUUCAUGCAUUUUAUUUAUACUAUAUUUAAUAUAUUAAUAUUGUAACCUUGCCCUUUCAUUGUGUGUGUGUGUGUGUGCCAAUGAUUUUAAAGUGUCUUGCAAAACUUGUACAUCCAAAACUGGAGCUUAUUUCAGUGAAGCCAUGGAAGGAGCUUCAUUUCUGCUUAGUCCAGUACUCUCGCAAAUAAUUGAGUGUUGUAAUUUCGGCAGGAUUUCCAAAUAAUGUGUAUUCCUCAUUUCUGGCACUAUGUUCUGAAUUAAUAAAGAGCAAAUCAAGCACUGCUGUGAUUUUAGUUUUUGUAUUUGGAUGCAUGCGUGUUGACAGGCUCCUAACUAUCUUGCAGCAGUUAACAGGCACACUGGCUCUGGCAGUGUUCACUGCUGCACUAGGCUCUCUGCAGAUAGGAUACAGUCUGGGCGUCAUCAAUGCCCCACAGAAGGUCAUUCAGAAGCACUAUGCUAAGUCUCUAGGUGUAUAUAAAGAAGAUCUGUACCAUAGAGAUGGAGUCAACUCUACAGAACAGGAAAAUUCAACUGCUCCAUCUGUGGUCAUGUACUGGUCACUGUCCGUGGCUAUCUUCUCCAUUGGAGGCAUGGUGUCAUCUUUUCUAGUGGGAUUUGUCAGUGACGUCCGUGGGAGGAUCAAAGGCAUGCUGGCUAUAAACGUUCUAGCCAUAACGGCAGGGCUGCUAAUGGGCCUUGCAAAGAUGGGCACAUCUCACCUCAUGGUGAUAGCAGGACGUGCUAUCAUGGGCCUAUACUGUGGCUUGACAUCUGGUCUGGUGCCCAUGUACAUUGGAGCGAUUUCUCCAGUGAAGUACAGAGGGACUUUGGGAACACUCCACCAGCUUGCUCUUGUAACUGGCAUCUUUCUUAGCCAAGUCAUUGGUCUUGAGUUCCUGCUGGGAAAUGAUGACAUGUGGCCUGUGUUGCUGGGUCUGUCUGGAGCUCCAGCCAUCCUGCAGUGUCUACUGCUACUGCUGUGUCCAGAGAGCCCCCGAUACCUCUACAUCAAACUUGGCAAAAAAGAAGAGGCAUGCAAGAGUGAUGAUAUGAGGACAACACAGGCAAAAUAAUGAUGACGCUCAAUUCUUACGGCCCUAAAAGACUAAAAUGGAAUUACGACACAUCAAAGGACAUAGCAGAGAUGCAGGCAGAGGAGGCGGCGGCCAUGAAAGUGUCCAUCGUGAGGCUGCUCCGUGCCUCUGUAUAUCCAACCCGUUCUCAUCAAUCUGCGUAUAAAUAACACGACUUGCGGCCCUGAUGAUGCAUUUAUCCCAGCAGUUUUCUGGAAUUAACGCAAUUUUUUACUAUUCGACUUCGAUCUUCCAGAGAGCAAGGGUCGGUCAUCCUGUGUAUGCCACUAUUGGAGUUGGAGUUAUAAACAUCAUUUUCACUCUUGUGUCGGUAAACAGGCACUAAUUUAUAGACAAACACUGGCUGCAGAGGAACAGGCUCUCGUCGCUUGGAAACAGCGGAGUGAUGUUGUCUCUUGGGUCUUGCCUUCCCUUAAUGUUUUUGACAGUUACUCGAGUCUGAUGUUUUAGAUAAUUCCAACUCAAUUGAAACAAGUUUCAUUGGACUGCACAUUACUUAAAAGAAUAGUUCACUUAAAAAAUGAAAAUUAUGUCAUUAUUCGGCCUCAUGUUGUUCCAAACUUAAAAAUGUAUUAAAACAUCUCCUUUUUUGUUCUGUGUAUAAUGUUUUAGCACUAAUCAAUGCAAAAUCUUGCGCAAACACGCAAGCCUCUGUUACAGCUUCUCAUAGCGCUCACGUUACAAUCUUAAAAGAAUCUUUGCGUAGAUUUUUUUUUCCCGUAUCACAACGAUUCAUGAUGACCAUGAGCGGUCAAGCUUUAUUUUUUUAAGAUUAGUAUUUCAGUUUUAUAAUCAAAUUCCAUCAAAUUGAAUUAAGUAAUAUUUUAUAUAUAUAUUUAUUAUUAUUAUUAACGUAAUUUCGUUAUUUUACACAUUUCACAAUUCAGUUUGAUGGAAUUUUGUAAUUAAGCUGAAAUACGUAAAUCUUAAAAAAGAAAAAAAGAAAUUGUAUUAAAGUAAUCCAUAUUUGUGCUUUGAUUCAAAAGUCUUCUGAAGCCAUAUCAUAGCUUUGUGUGAGGAACACACAAUUAAAUAAAAUUUAAGUUAUUAUUCACUGCUAAUUUUCAUCUCCACUGGAGCUCUCUUAUCAGAUAUCCUGCCUAUGGCACAUGUCCAACCUGUAUAAUCUGAGAGUGAUAAGAUGAAGACUUUAGUCGCAUCAGUGGAUAAUGAUAUAAGUGGUUUUAUUUAACAUGGAGCCCAUGUGGGUCCAGAAUAAGGACUUAAAUAUAACUCUAACCCUGCUUUGGUCCAUAGGAGGUUUGUGGGAGCUAUGUCUUCAUCAUUUUUGCAGUACUCCUCUUCGCUUUCACCAUUUUUAUUUACUUUCAUGUACCUGAAACAAAAGGGAAGACUUUUGAGGAGAUAGCAGCUGUCUUUCAGCACAAACGAGGAGCCUUCCAAAACAAUGCCCAAGUUGAGACUGAGAUGAUGCAGCUCAAGAGCUGUACUGAGGCCUAAAGAGGGCCAUUAGCCAAGACUAGAUUCGUAUGGAAACUGCGGAGUGAAUGAUGUUACUGCUUACCCAUUAGGACAAAGAACUCCAUAGAACCUCAUCAUGAGAGCUCAGUGACUCCAAAAAAUGCUCUUAUGGUCUAGAAAAAGGAAAACAGAUUAUCUAAACACAACAUAACAUUUGUGCAUCUUAUGUUGAAUUUAUGGAUUAGAAAAAAAAUUAUACUUUCAAAGUUAUACAUCUGUUCCCACCCCCCUAUAUGAAACAUUAUAUAAACCUUAAUGAAUUGCACAAUGUGAAAAUAAUAUAUUUAAGAUAUUUAAAAUUAAGUUAUGGGAACAUUGUCUGCUGUUGUUUUAUGAAGUAUUAUAUUUCUCCAAUUUAGUGUUACAAUCUAUGUUUGCCUUUUAAAAUGUACGUUUAUAUGGAAAACAACGUUAUUGUCCUUGUUUUUAAAGCAAUGUUUAAAAUGACUUUUUAAUCAGUUAGCGAGUGU